AUGAAAACUGGAGCAAUUAUGGGAGCCUCACGGAACGCUGCAAAUUAUGUGAUCCAAGUCGGUGGAAGAUCUUCAAACAUCCUGAAUAUAUUCGAUAAGACAUCUGUCAGUUCACUGGGAAAUGCAAGAUGGUUUGCACGUAUUGAUAUGCCACACGGCAACGUGCCCUACUAUCAUAUCAAUGUUAAUCAGGCAAUCACUGGUGUCAAGGAUCCACACUAUCGGAUUUGGGGUGUCACUGCAAAAGCAGCAGGGAUUACUGGACGAGUAUUGAGUAUAGUCAACAAGAUAGCACCUGCAGCAAUGAUUUUGUCAUUUGCUUAUGAUGGAUAUGAGAUUUUGGAUGACUAUCAGAAUGGAAAAAUUGCAGAGUCUAAGCGAAAAGUUGUUGCUAAAGCCUCGACAUAUAUUGGCGCAAGUUAUGGAGCGGGAACAGGUGCUUCGAUUGGAUCAAUUAUUUUCCCGGGUGUCGGUACUUUACUCGGAGGGCUGAUUGGUGGUGUACUUGGAGGAAUGGGUGGAGGAAUCGGUGGAGACGUCGUGGCUUCUAUUUUGGUGUUGUAG